CUGUUCCGUAAUACAUCCAAAUAACGCGAUGGAGGAACAUUGGUACAACUUGAUUGCUGCUGUCUUGACAACCAUUGCUGUAAUAGGAAGCUCAACGAAUUUAGCAGUCAUCAUUAUCGUUGCCAGGAACAGAAAGUUGUGGAAUAGGCAAUGCAUGUUAAUUGUCAACGUUGCUUGCGCUGAUUUUUUUAACGCAACGUUUGGCAUCCUGAUGCCUCUGACUUCGUCAAUCCACCGCCAAUGGAUCUUCGGUGACUUGGGUUGCAAUUUCUAUGCUUUCGUGACAACUGUUGUAGGGACCGCUUCUGCCACCACUUUAGCUAUUUUAGCGCUAGACAGAGCACUUAAGAUAUGUCAAUCAACAUGGAUAGUAAAACUUCCAGAAACACGGCUGAUUAUUGUUGUCCUCUGGAUCUACUCUUUCAUUGUCUCGUCACCACCAUUGUUUGGAUGGGGAGACUUCAUUUUGGAAGGCCCAGGCAUAAGUUGUUCGGUAAACUGGAUGUCUACCACAUGGAAUUCCUUGUCGUACAUCACGUUUUUAUUUACGAUGGGAUUCCUUCUUCAGAUUCUCAUCAUAUCAAUUUCAUACGUGAGCAUCCAUUUAGCCAUUCGGCAGAUCACGUCAACUGGGGAAAGUCAAAUAGUCACCGUUGCUAGAAGAGCUGAAAGAAAGGUGGUCUGCAUGUUGACGCUCAUGGUGGUUUGUUUUCUGAUUGCAUGGCUGCCCUACGCGCUCUUCGCUUUAAUCAAAGUAUUCCACGCCGUCCUUGGGAGUUCCGUUAUGCUGAUCGAUGUGAACGGCAUAGGUGGCUACGUUCCUGCCCUUCUGGCCAAAACCUCCAUCACCUACAAUCCGGUCAUUUACGUCUUGUUUAACACUCAGAUCAGUCGAAACGGACCUCAUUUUCCUUUUAGCCAAGCAAAUGUCGGUGAACCUAAUAGGACGACUGGAAACACCCAUCAGGUCACCAUUACUCAGCCCGGUGAUAUUGACUUACCGAUAGUGUCCGGUGUCGCUGAAAGUCAAUUGGUUUCUAUGCAAACCGAUGCCGUUUCAUCUGAAGGCAGCAGGAGAACACCGCUAAGUAAAAUUAAUCAGUAGAUUCCAUCAUUCGAUACAUGUCCAGAGUAGUUUGGUUGAUGUUAGGGGUCACAACUAUCAAUACA